CGAAAAUAAAUUGGGGUUGUUCCUUCGGAUACUGCCUCGAUCAAAUCAUUGCAUCUGCGCAGCCUCCAUAUCAGCGUCUGCACUCUCGUCCUGCUUAAAUUCCGAAGGCCCCGUUACCACCGAUCUAGCAUCCUGCAGUCAUGUCGUCCUUCCUCGAUAAGCUCGCAUCGGAGGCAGACAAGCUUGUUUCGAAGGCGGAAGAGGGUGUAUCGCACGCCCGCAACACCGCCAUUGGACUCUUAAAUCCAAAUCGCAGACAUGACACUCCGGAAGAGCAGCGAAAUGACAUGAUUCGUGCUGAGAUCAAUGCCAGCCAUCGUUUCCACUCGUUUGCAGACCAGCGGUCUCAUAAUUCCGUCAAGUGGCAUAUCGAUGGUCAUGACUACAUGUACGCUCUGUCUGAGAUGUUGGACAGUGCUCGUGAAGUCAUCUAUAUUCUUGACUGGUGGUUGACCCCGGAGCUAUAUCUACGCCGGCCGCCCGCCUAUAAUGAACAAUGGCGCCUGGACAGAGUGCUCAAGCGCAAGGCAGAACAGGGCGUUAAAAUUUACGUAGUGGUCUAUAAAGAGGUUACGCAAACGAUGUCGAUGAGCUCCAGUCACACUAAGCAUGCUCUCGAGGCGUUACACCCCAACAUUGCCUGCAUGCGUCAUCCCGACCAUAUCGGAAGCAAAGAUGACGUCGAAUUUUGGUCGCACCACGAGAAGGUCGUUGUCGUCGACCAGCAUCGUGCAUGCAUCGGCGGACUUGACCUUUGCUUUGGACGCUGGGACACGCACACCCAUCCCCUUGCGGAUGCGCACCCUACACACUUCGACGAGACUCUAUUCCCCGGACAGGACUACAACAAUGCGCGCGUUUUGGAUUUCAAGAAUGUUAGCCAGUACGCUAACAACGGAUUAAGUAUCAUAGAUAUGCCGCGAAUGCCGUGGCACGAUAUGCAUAUGACCCUCUGUGGCCCUGUCGUGCUCGACAUUGUCCAGCACUUCGUCGAGCGCUGGAACGAGGUCAAAAGAAGAAAAUACAGGAACGAGAACCGCUACGACUGGCUCGCCUUGCCGCAUAAUAUCGAGGCUGCACCGGAAGAAUCUGUCGCACGCCAUCCGUUACGCGAGAAUUGGCACAGCAUGGGGAAGCGUUUUAAGCAGCGCUUCAACCGACAGUACGGCGAGUGGUUCCCUGAAGAAGAAGAGGAUCCGAUCGCCUACCAGCGCCCGCCGAACGGUACUUGUCGGGUGCAGGCUGUUCGCAGCGUCUCAGACUGGAGCCAUGGUGUGCUUACUGAGAGAAGUGUUCAGAAUGCCUACUGUCAGCUCAUUGCAGAAGCCAACCACUUUAUUUACAUUGAGAAUCAAUUCUUCAUAUCUUCCACUACGACGAAAGACCCGGUCAAGAACCAGAUUGCCAAUGCUCUUGUCCAGCGUAUCGUGCAAGCCGCCAGGGAUGGUCAAAAGUUCAAGGUCGUGGUCGUCAUUCCUGAAGUCCCAGGCUUUGCUGGUAACAUCAAAGAUGCCUCCUCUGUACAGGUAAUCAUGGCUGCUCAGUACAGAACGAUCAACAGGGGAGGCCAUAGCAUCUAUGAAGAGAUUCGCAGGGCGGGAUACGAACCCAUGGACUAUAUCCGCUUCUAUCAUUUGAGGGCUUAUGACCGCAUUAACGCCCCUUAUCCAUCGUUCAUCAAGAAGAUGGAAGAGGCUAGCGGGGUGAAGUUCCAGCAGGCCAUGGUCGCGCUGGCCAGGCAGUGGGUCGGACAGUCGGAAGAUGGCGCUCCUCAGCAGCAGUCCGUCACCAUCGUUCUACCGGAUGAGACGCUCGGCUCCUCCGCCAGUGUAGAGGGCAACAAGAAUGCACUCAAAUCCGAGACGUACCCGCUCCCGCAGAGCGCCGCCGAGGCGCGGGAGAUCAUUGAGCGCUUCGAGCACGGGGCGGACGGUCUGCGUAGCGACGAGGACGUAUCUGACAACGUCGUGCAGCACAUGCUGAGCGACAAGACGAACCUGCUGGACGAGAAGUGGCUCGGGAGCGAGGAGGAAGAGAAGAACGCAUACGUUUCUGAGCUGCUAUACAUUCACUCGAAGGUCAUGAUUGUCGAUGACCGGCGCGUUAUCAUGGGCUCUGCCAACAUCAAUGAUCGUAGCCAAAAGGGCGACGGAGACUCCGAAAUUGCCUUGGUUGUCGAGGAUGACGAUAUGAUCGAGACUUACAUGGAUGGCCAGAAGUAUAUGGCUGGCCGCUUUGCUGCAUCUUUACGCCGCCAAAUCUACCGAGAGCACCUAGGUCUCAUUCCGCCUCAGUUCUGUGAAGGCCCCAGAGAGCAAGUGACGUCUUUCAUGCGUCCGGCUCCCAUCCCGAACCGUGACGAGUUCGGUACUCCUGAAGACAACGCCGUUGCCGACCCGCUGUCGCCACACACUGAGGCCCUCUGGAACGAUACCGCGAGGACGAACCGCGAGAUCUUUACCGAGAUUUUCCGUCCGGUGCCUACCAACCUGAUUCGGAGUUGGUCCGCCUACGGAAAUUACGUGUCCAACGGCAAGACGGACCACGUUGUCCCUGAUAUCCCACUUGCGCGCGUCAAGGACCGCCUCUCGCAAGUCCGGGGUGCUCUGGUCGAAUGCCCGCUCGAUUUCUUGAUUGACGAGAAGGAGUUCACCGAGGGACCGAUUUGGAGCGGGUUCGACCCAGUGCUACCUCUCUACAUCUAGAUAGCUGUUAAGCCAGACAAGUGUGAACAAUGUGUACUCGCUAGAAUAAAGGUGACGUCUCAUGUGAUGUCCGUCUCAACAUGUCUACGUGUUCUAUGGACGUCGCGAAUUACUGUUUCGUGUGCGGUACAUCGUAGCAUGGGAGGGGGUAAGGUUGGGUUCGUGGUCUUGU